GGGGAGAGAGGGAGGGAGCCGAGGAAGACGCUCCGAUAACCCGUGCGUUUCGUAAGGCUCUGAGCACUUGUACAUUUCUGCAGGCGCGCGGCGAGCCAUUCGCGGCGGCUGCUGCAGCUCCGACUGCAUCUUCCUCCUCCUCCUUCCCCCGGGCUCCGGGUGUGUGUAUGUGUGAGUGAGUGAGUGUGUGUGUGUGUGAGUGUGUGUGUGCUUUGCAGGUGUGUCCGUUUUAAUUCUGCCCAGUAGGUGGGACUUGGUGACUUUAGCACCAUAUUUUCCUUUUCCCUUUUUUUUUUUUUUUUCUUUUUCUUUUUUGCCUCCCCACCGUCUGUUGCAACCCUGCAAAGUCUCGGAGUCGGAGAGCGCGGCUCGCUUCCCGAGCCUCCGGACCCGGCGAGCCGGCGAGCGCCGAGCCGGCCACCAUGCCAGGCAAACCGCGCCACUAGGCGCUCCCCGCGGCUCCCACCCGGCGGCGGCGGCGGCGGCGGCGGCGGCGGCGGCCGCGAUGGUUUCAGACGCUGAAGGAUUUUGCAUCUGAUCGCACGGCGUUUCAAAGGCAGAGGCCCCCCCUCCCCCUUCCCCCCUCCCUCGCCGUCUUUGUUUCCUUCCCCCCCAGCUCUCCCCACUCCCCCCACCCCACCCCCCUCUCCUCUCCUCCUCCUCUUUUUUAGAAGCCGCGAUCGGAGAUGGAUGUCUCUCUUUGCCCAGCCAAGUGUAGUUUCUGGCGGAUUUUCUUGCUGGGAAGCGUCUGGCUGGACUAUGUGGGCUCCGUGCUGGCUUGCCCUGCAAAUUGUGUCUGCAGCAAGACUGAGAUCAAUUGCCGGCGGCCGGACGAUGGGAACCUCUUCCCCCUCCUGGAGGGGCAGGAUUCAGGGAACAGCAAUGGGAACGCCAGCAUCAACAUCACGGACAUCUCAAGGAAUAUCACUUCCAUACACAUAGAGAACUGGCGAGGUUUGCACACGCUGAAUGCCGUGGACAUGGAGCUCUACACCGGCCUCCAAAAGCUAACCAUCAAGAACUCAGGACUUCGGAGCAUCCAGCCCAGAGCCUUUGCCAAGAACCCCCACUUGCGCUACAUAAACCUGUCGAGUAACCGGCUCACCACACUCUCAUGGCAGCUCUUCCAGACGCUGAGUCUUCGGGAAUUGAGACUGGAGCAGAACUUCUUCAACUGCAGCUGUGACAUCCGCUGGAUGCAGCUGUGGCAGGAGCAGGGGGAGGCCAAGCUCAACAGCCAGCACCUCUACUGCAUCGGUGCCGACGGCUCGCAGCUGCCCCUGUUCCGCAUGAACAUCAGCCAGUGCGACCUUCCUGAGAUCAGUGUGAGCCACGUGAACCUGACCGUUCGAGAGGGCGACAACGCAGUCAUCACGUGCAAUGGCUCUGGAUCCCCUCUGCCCGACGUAGACUGGAUAGUCACGGGACUACAGUCCAUCAACACCCACCAGACAAAUCUGAACUGGACCAACGUACACGCCAUCAACCUGACCCUGGUCAAUGUGACAAGCGAGGACAAUGGCUUCACCCUGACGUGCAUCGCGGAGAACGUGGUGGGCAUGAGCAACGCCAGUGUGGCCCUCACCGUGCACUACCCCCCACGCGUGGUGAGCCUGGAGGAGCCCGAGCUGCGUCUGGAGCACUGCAUCGAGUUCGUGGUGCGGGGCAACCCGCCGCCCACGUUGCACUGGUUGCACAACGGGCAGCCGCUGCGGGAGUCCAAGAUCACGCAUGUGGAGUACUACCAGGAGGGCGAGGUAUCCGAGGGCUGCCUGCUCUUCAACAAGCCUACGCACUACAACAACGGCAACUACACCCUCAUCGCCAAAAACCCGCUGGGCACAGCCAACCAGACCAUCAACGGCCACUUCCUCAAGGAGCCCUUCCCAGAGAGCACGGAUAACUUUGUCUCCAUCUACGACGUGAGCCCCACACCCAUCACCGUGACCCACAAACCGGAGGAAGACACUUUUGGGGUGUCCAUCGCCGUGGGACUUGCUGCUUUUGCCUGCGUCCUGUUGGUGGUUCUCUUCAUCAUGAUCAACAAGUACGGUCGGCGGUCCAAAUUUGGAAUGAAGGGGCCUGUGGCUGUCAUCAGUGGCGAGGAGGACUCAGCCAGCCCGCUGCACCACAUCAACCAUGGCAUCACCACGCCCUCCUCGUUGGACGCCGGGCCGGACACGGUGGUCAUCGGCAUGACCCGUAUCCCGGUCAUUGAGAAUCCCCAGUACUUCCGUCAGGGACACAACUGCCACAAGCCAGACACGUACGUGCAGCACAUUAAGAGAAGGGACAUCGUGCUGAAGCGGGAACUGGGCGAGGGAGCCUUUGGGAAGGUCUUCCUUGCCGAGUGCUACAACCUCAGCCCGACCAAGGACAAGAUGCUCGUGGCUGUGAAGGCCCUGAAGGAUCCCACCCUGGCUGCCCGGAAGGAUUUCCAGAGGGAGGCUGAGCUGCUCACCAACCUGCAGCAUGAACACAUUGUCAAGUUCUACGGAGUGUGUGGUGAUGGGGACCCGCUCAUCAUGGUCUUUGAGUACAUGAAGCAUGGAGACCUGAACAAGUUCCUUAGGGCCCAUGGGCCAGAUGCUAUGAUCCUUGUGGAUGGGCAGCCACGCCAGGCGAAAGGUGAGCUGGGGCUCUCCCAAAUGCUCCACAUCGCCAGUCAGAUCGCCUCAGGCAUGGUGUACCUGGCCUCCCAGCACUUCGUACACCGGGACCUGGCCACCAGGAACUGCCUGGUUGGAGCCAAUCUGCUGGUGAAGAUCGGGGACUUCGGCAUGUCCAGAGAUGUCUACAGCACUGAUUACUACAGGGAAGGGCCAUGCCAGAAGGGCCCGAUCAGCGUGUCAUGGCAGCGCCAGAGGCUAGCAGCGUCGGCAGCUUCCACACUCUUUAAUCCAUCUGGAAAUGAUUUUUGUAUAUGGUGUGAGGUGGGAGGACACACCAUGCUUCCCAUCCGCUGGAUGCCCCCUGAAAGCAUCAUGUACCGGAAGUUCACUACGGAGAGUGACGUGUGGAGCUUCGGGGUGAUCCUUUGGGAGAUCUUCACCUACGGAAAGCAGCCAUGGUUCCAGCUCUCAAACACAGAGGUCAUCGAGUGCAUCACCCAAGGUCGUGUGCUGGAGCGGCCCCGGGUCUGCCCCAAAGAGGUGUAUGACGUCAUGCUGGGGUGCUGGCAGAGGGAACCCCAGCAGCGGCUGAACAUCAAGGAGAUCUACAAAGUCCUCCACGCUUUGGGGAAGGCCGCCCCCAUCUACCUGGACAUCCUUGGCUAGCGGCAGCUGGUGGUCACGGACGCGUACUCUGUGGCCUCCCUCUCCUGGCCUCACAUCGCCCCUCGUCCACCUCACACUCCUUUCUUCCAUCCUGACCGAAGCGAACAUCUUCAUAUAAACUCAAGUGCCUGCUACACAUACAACACUGAAAAAAAAAAAAAAAAAGUGAAAGGAAAACCUGUAAGGCAGUUUGGUGAAUAUAUAUAUACAUAUAUAUAUAUAUAUUUAUAUAUCUAACUAUCUAUCUAUCUAUAUCCACAGAGAGAUACCUUCUCUAAUACAGAGAGAAACUGCUGAUACAGAAACCAUAAGACUGUAACAACAACUCAGAAAAAUCUUACGAACACGAAUGGAAGUCCCCUUUGACGGAAGCUGGGGCCCUUGGUUCUGUGGCUCCAACUGUUUGGGGCCGGAGGCCUCUUUGCUGCGCUGGGACCGGAGAAGCGGGGAUGGAUCACCGCUGUGCAGGUGAUGACCUGCGCAGGUGCGCUACCCCUCCCCUGCCCCCAAGAUCCGCACAGGUGCGUGGGUUGACGGCGACUGCGGCACUCGGGAUGCAGCAGGAAGUAACACCGCCCCAGGGGCCUCUGGAAUGCCUCCCAUCUCCCCUGACUGUGGCUCCACGCCUUCCCCCUUUCCUCCGCUUCAAGACAAUUCUCCAAUUUGUCCAUUCUAGAAAGUAGAGUCCUAAUGCUUUUGGAAGUCAAUGAGGGCAUCUACCACUGAACACUGGACAACCAAUGAGCCCCCAAACCAUGGUGACCAUGGACCACCUCCGUCUUGAGUGUACACCAUGCUGAAGUUCCUUCCUCCAUUGGAAAGAGACGUGUCAUCUGUUCUCUGAACUUCAAGAACUGGAUGUUCUGGACUUAACCACAGAAGAACCCUCCCUGUCAAGGCACUGCCUCCCAUCUUUUCCUCACUGGAAGACUCCUCGGUCCCGCCUCCCACAUGCGGGCUUUUGGGGGAGUUUUGGGGCAUAGGGAACGCGCCCCAUGCUGCCCAUGAGUGCGGACACAGCAGGGUUCCAGCAGCAGGAGACUUGGUUCCUUGUAGGUCAUUGUAACAUGUGCCCCUCUGUGCUGUCUGUGUCUCAUCCUGCCUGCCCUCCAUCUCCAGCCCUACUUCCUGGGCUUCUCGCACGUCCCAGGGCCACCUCGCUGCCAGGGAAGAAAGCCAGGACUAGCAACAGCGUGGGGCAGUGCUUGUUCCCGAGAGCGAGGCCGUGGACUGGGCCGGAGCCGGCAGGGGUGACGGCACCUGCACCGGCCCCUUGCCAUUCUCCUCACGUUUCCAGCCCCUGGAAGGAUUGAUGCAUCUGCCUUUGAGCUUGCUGCGAAUGCUCAGGGGCUGAAAAAUCGCUUUUGUGGGCCGGGGGUGGGGGAGGGGCUGAGGCUUCUCUGGGAGGUGUCCCCUGCGUGGCCACGGCCGCAGGCUUGGCAUCUUAAUGAGGACGGAGCCCUGACCGGAGAGUGAGAAGGAGGCUUCUGGGCGGGGGUCCUGGCCGUUGCUGGCGAGAGCUGUAACGGGCAGAUCCCUGGGCCUCCUGGACACACAAUCAGGAAAUGCCAUUGGAGGGCAGUGGCCUGGGCCCCCAGAGCCCUUCUGCUGGAGGGAGGACAGGCCCCUCUCAGCUCACUGGCCCCAGCCCCUCACCCCAAGCACAGAGUUACCUAUCGGACUGGCCUACGGCCGGCCCUGCCAGUGUGAGGGGCUGUGGGUGGCCUGACUGGCCUGGUCAGCGGCAGCACAGAUAUCCCUGUGGGCUUCAGGACUAAAUCCUGUGUUUGUGGUUUU